GAGAGAGAGAGAGUGAGUGAGUGAGUAAGAGAGUGUGUGUGUGUGUGUGUGUGAGAGAGAGGGAGAGAGGGCUGCGGUGAAAUAAAAGUAAGUGGCCUUCAAGAGGACCUGAUCUGACGUCUUGGGAGCUGGGGAUCUUCUGAAUUCUUCUGAUUGGAUUGUCCCCCAUCACUGCUCACACUUCCUUUUGGACAGAAGGGAGGGGGGAGGAGGGCGGCUUGUCCAUCAUGAACGUCACCUCACUCUUCUCCUUCACUGGCCCGGCGGUCAAACAGCUGCUGGGUUGGAAGCAAGGCGAUGAGGAAGAGAAAUGGGCAGAGAAGGCUGUGGAAGCUUUGGUUAAGAAACUGAAAAAGAAGAAAGGAGCCAUGGAGGACCUGGAGAGGGCCCUCAGCUGCCCAGGUCAGCCAAGUAACUGUGUUACAAUCCCCCGUUCUCUGGACGGGAGGCUGCAGGUGUCCCACAGGAAAGGUCUUCCACACGUCAUUUAUUGUCGGGUGUGGCGCUGGCCAGACCUGCAGUCCCAUCAUGAGCUGAAGGCCCUGGAGUGCUGCGAGUACCCCUUUGGUUCCAAACAGAAGGAUGUGUGUAUCAACCCCUACCACUACAAACGAGUUGACAGUCCAGUUCUGCCACCUGUGUUGGUACCGAGGAACAGUGAGUUCAACGCCAAGCAUACGAUGCUGCCUCGCUUCCGCAACCCUCUACAACAGAACGAGCCGCACAUGCCUCAGAAUGCCACCUUUCCAGAGUCCUUUUCUCAGGCCAACACAGUGCCAUUUCCGCAUUCACCCGGCAACAGCUACCCAAACUCGCCUGGCAGUGGCAGCAACACCACCUUCCCUCAUUCACCAUCUAGUUCUGAACCUGGCAGUCCAUUCCAGAUGCCAGAGACUCCCCCUCCUGCCUACAUACCCUCAGAGGAGCCAAUGACUCAGGAUUGUCCCCAGCCAAUGGACACCAACCUCAUGGCUCCACCCUUGACUCUAGAGACUAACAUCCGGGCAGGCAACCAUGAUGUUCAGCCGGUGGCCUAUGAGGAACCCAAGCACUGGUGCUCUAUUGUUUACUACGAGCUCAACAAUCGUGUCGGCGAGGCGUUCCAGGCUUCCUCCACCAGUGUACUUGUGGAUGGCUUCACAGAUCCCUCCAACAACUGCAACCGAUUCUGUCUCGGCUUGCUCUCUAACGUCAACCGCAACUCCACCAUUGAGAACACCCGGCGGCACAUCGGCAAAGGUGUCCAUCUGUAUUAUGUCGGUGGGGAGGUGUACGCAGAAUGUCUGAGCGACAGCAGUAUCUUCGUCCAGAGUCGUAACUGUAAUUACCACCACAGCUUCCAUCCAACAACUGUGUGUAAGAUUCCCAGUGGCUGCAGCCUCAAGAUUUUCAACAACCAGGAGUUUGCUGAGCUGCUGGCACAGUCUGUCAACCACGGCUUUGAGGCUGUUUAUGAGCUCACCAAGAUGUGCACCAUUCGAAUGAGCUUCGUUAAGGGCUGGGGAGCAGAGUACCACCGCCAGGAUGUGACCAGCACCCCCUGCUGGAUUGAGAUUCACCUGCACGGUCCCCUGCAGUGGUUGGAUAAGGUGCUAACCCAGAUGGGCUCCCCCCACAACCCCAUAUCUUCUGUCUCCUAGGCUUCAGUGUCCUCAGCCCCGUGGCUGUCCACACCCCAGCAUUUUGGUCAAAGUAGCAAGAAGAGGGGCUAGCUGGUCCCAGACUGGUUUGUGGUUCAGUCGAUAACUGAUAACUAAAGUUUAGACUAAAUCACAGGCCGGCCUGGGACCUCUAGGGAUAGAUGGGUUUUUACUUGGGUUGGUUUGUUCUCUACUUGAAGGAUGUCUGAAUUGGGCACAUUUACAGACUGGGAGAGGAGUAGGUAAAGUGAGCGUGAUGCAACUGGAAGAUACUUGAUCUUUGUGACCAACUGUAAUAAUUAGACCAUCACACUCAUCAUGAUGCAAGUAUCCUCCCUGAUCUUGCACCCACACGUCUCUUUUUCAUGGUUUCUAUUAUUCUGACUCAUAACUAGCUUAAAUCUAAAUAUUCCCUUGAAAAUCCGGAUAUACGUGUGUAGUUAUAAUAAUUAUGGGACAUUCCAGGUCACCGAAAUUGCAGUUGGCUGUUGUUUGCUGUCUGACUGCAGUGAGGUUGGCAGGAAAUGUUUUUAGAACAUGUAUAAAGUUAGCAGGGACUUGGAGGAUGACCAUUAUAAAAAAUUAUCACCAGACACAAAAAUGUUUUUGUUCUUUUUAAGUUAAUAAAUUAAAACAGUGUGAAGUCAUAGAAAAUGAAAUCCCAUGUCACAAAUCUUGAAAAACAGUAGGAGGGCAAGGGAGUCUUGUGAGUGUAGCAUGGGGUUUAGUGUGGGGCAUGGCACUAAAGGGGCAUUUCAGAAACAAGUCUAAUCUUUAAAUGUUGCUCAUCUUGUGUUAAACUUGCGUUUCAAGUGAAUUUUAAGGGAAAAAAAAGAAUAGUGUUUAGAUAUAUUCACUAUUAGAGUAUGUGCUGUGCAGUCUGGUUUCGCAAAGCAUAGUUUGGUUAAUGUAGUGUUACACAUUUAAGACUGGUAGCUGAACAUCACAUGAAGCAGAGUGCAGUUUACAGUGGUUUGUCCCUUGCUGUAUGCACUGCAGCAAACAUGGAGUCACAUCAAGGACAUUAAUAUUUCAUUGACUGUGCUUCACUCUCUUAUUACAUUGACUGAGCAAAACUUGUGAAAUGACUGUUAUGGGAAAAUGUUGAGCACUCAAAUUUGAAUUGUUGACUGAGACAAGGGGAUCAGUCACUGUUGUCCCAGUAUGAACCCUUUUUUUUUUUACAUAUAAAAUGCAGAUUUUGCCAUUCAUUUCUUUUAUGCUUUCAGCAAUCCUCUUUGCUAUUCAACUGUUAUACUCUUUACAUUCUUUUUGUAUUUUUGAAUACGUUUUCUGUUGUUUUUUGUCUGCACUUUUGAUUUUUUUUUUUUCUCCUUGUUUUUGCUCAGUAAAGCUCCCAGAAAAGCAGUUUUAUUCCAUGAAUAUCAAGCCUCUACUGGAAGAAUCAAUAAAUUAGUUUCAUUAUUUGCAACA